UCGAAGCUGCAGGAGCUCCUUGACCCAACAACGGCAUCAUCCUUCAGCGACGAAAAUCGUGCCAAAGAUAAUAGAAUGGACUCCAACCAAGAGCCGACGAUCUUUGACUCGACUGCGUUAGUGAACGAGCUGAUCGCUCGAGCAGAACAAACCCCUGCGUACAACUCGAAGCAGACGGGAAUGCGUCGACCGAUGAGUCUGCUUUAUAAAAAGUGGACUAACGAUCGCUCUCGCAAAAUCGCGCAGCUAGCUAACUACAGAGACCAACAGGCGGUGCUCCAAGCUCAGCAGUCCAUGCAAACAUUUCAGCAAACGCUCGCCGAGUUCCGCAACCAACGAUAA